AUGUACAAUCAAAGUAACACCAACAGUACCACGACCUUGGAACCAAACUCUAUACCCCUUGUCCAUUAUAUAAUGUUAUGGACGCUGUGUUCAGUUGCAAUAAUAGCAUUUGCGGAACAUUUUGCGAUAAUUUUAUUUGCAUAUGUAAACAAGACUCUGCGACAAAAAUCGUACAUCAUUGCAGUUCUGUUUUUAAGUAGCAGCGACAUUUUACUGGCCAUGGCUCUAUUUCACUUUUCACUGAUAAGGUUGCUGCAGCUGAAGCAGAUUUGGAUAUGUGGAUUGGCAUAUUUUCUGAUUCAGCUUGGAUUUGUGACCUCGCUAGUCCACACCUUAAUCAUAUGUACAGAACGAUAUAUGUGUAUGAGACCAAUUCCUACGAAGGUCAUGUCUUUGCGUAAGCGACAAUCACUAACACUUGUAAGCAUUUUUAUUUGUUCAUUGAUACUUGGAACACCGUACCUAUUUUCUAGAAGACAAUCAACGAUAAAGAUAUGUCUUUUAACAUCUAUUUUCGGAAAUAAUUUGUCUUACGCACUCAUUCCAGUUAGAUCAAUUAUAUUCUUCCUAUGGAUAUGCACGAUCAUUGUUUACGUCAUAACUGCGAACAACUUUUGUAAAAAUGUGAGACGAGCGGGGAGUUCAUAUGGACAAGUGUACGUGACAGAUAGUGACCAAUCGGAUUCAAAUUUGGCACCAAAAGGUAUGGACAAUGUUCGGGAAGGCGAAUCAUUGACAAGAAGUUUACCUGUGCUUAGAAGGAAAAGUAAUCAAAACACAGCAGUACAAGCACAGACGGAAGCUUUCAGAAUAGUAUCAGUGGUUUUCAUAGUUUUCCUUAUUUCAAUGACACCACAAUCAGUGGUAGGACUUGUUAUGCUGUUUGUUUCCAUGCCGGACACAGUUGAAUUUGGCUGUGCAAUAUUUGCUAUUGCCUCAAUUAUGACAAACCCAAUAAUGUAUACUUGUAUGCUUAAAGAUUUCAGAAAGCUUAUUAUAAGACGUUAG